UGGUUCCAGCCGAUCAUGUGACAAUCCAAGAUGGCGGUGCCCAGUGAGGCGGAGGAAGAGGCGGCCGUUUACUUAAUAGUGAGCGGUAUCCCCUCAGAGUUGCGCUCAGCCCAGCUACGGAGCUACUUUAGCCAGUUCCGGGAACAGCGCGACUGUGGCUUCCUCUGUUUCCACUACCGGCAUCGUCCUGAGCGGGCCCCUCCGCAGGCCGCGCCCGACUCUGCCCAAACUCCUGUCGGCCAGGUUCUCGCCCAGACUUCGGUCACCGAUGCCCGCCCGCUCUCCACUCGGAACUCUGCUCCCGCUCAGACCCGCACCUGCUGCUGCGUCGUCUCGGUACAGGGGGCGGCUCAAGCCCAGAGGCUUCUUCGCAUGUACUCAGGCCGCCAGUGGCUGGAUUCUCAGGGGGCUUGGUUGCCCGGUCGUUGUUUCAUCCGCAGACUUCGGCUACCUACUGAGGCAUCAGGUUUGGGCUCCUUUCCCUUCAAGACCCGGAAGGAACUACAGAGUCGGAAGGCUAAGAGUGAAGCCUUCACUUUGGCCGACCUGAGGCAACUGCCAGAGCUGAACCCACCGGUGCUGAUGCCCAAUGGAAAUGUGGGGACUCCCCUGCGGGUGUUUUUGGAGUUGAUCCGGGCCUGCCGCCUCCCUCCUCGGAUCAUCACGCAGCUGCAGCUCCAGUUCCCCAAGACAGGUUCCUCCCGACGCUAUGGCAACGUGCCCUUCAAGUAUGAGGACUCAGAGACUGUGGAGCAGGAAGAGCUUGUGUACACAGCUGAGGGUGAGGAGAUACCCCAGGGAACCUGCCUGACAGAGGUACCAGCCAGCCCUGGUGGAGAGCCCGAGGUAGAAGGGGAAAAGGAGGAGGAAGAGGAGUCACACUCAGAUGAUGACGAUGACCGGGGUGAGGAGUGGGAGCGGCAUGAAGCGCUGCAUGAGGACGUGACCGGGCAGGAGCGCACUGCUGAGCGACUCUUUGAGGAGGAGAUCGAGCUCAAGUGGGAGAAGGGUGGCUCUGGCCUGGUAUUCUACACUGAUGCCCAGUUCUGGCAGGAGGAAGAAGGAGACUUUGAUGAACAGACAGCUGACGACUGGGAUGUGGACAUGAGUGUGUACUAUGACAGAGAUUGUGGAGACAAGGAUGCCCGAGACUCGGUCCGAAUGCGUCUGGAACGCAGACUCCGUGACGGUCAGGAGGACGGCUCUGUGAUUGGACGCCAGGUGGGCACUUUUGAGCGCCACACCAAGGGCAUUGGGCGGAAGGUGAUGGAGCGGCAGGGCUGGGCUGAGGGCCAAGGCCUGGGCAGCCAGUGCUCAGGGGUGCCUGAGGCCCUGGAUAAUGACGGCCAGCACCCUAGAUGCAAGCGUGGAUUGGGGUACCAUGGAGAGAAGCUACAGCCAUUUGGGCAACUAAAGAGGUCCCGUGGAACUGGUUUGGGUCUCAUCUCCACCAUUUAUGAUGAGCCUCUACCCCAAGACCAGGGGGAGUCGCUGCUUCGCAGCCAGCCACCCACCAGCAUGAAGUUUCGGACAGACAUGACCUUCGUGAGAGGUUCCAGCUGUGCUUUGGACAGCUCCUCAGAGCCUGAGUGACAGGUUUGGGGGCUUCCUUAGUCAAGAUCACUCAUUAACUACACAGUGGCAGCCCUCUGCCCUGGCCUUACGUCCCACAGAAGCAGGAAGAAGUCUGGGAGCAGCUAUCUGCAUGGCCUGUUCAGGGUGCUUUGUUCUGAACUUGCUUUCUGGCACUCUACCUCAAGGGCAUUUUUACAAAAAGCCCCCUCCCCUCCCCUUUGAUAUUAGGGCUUAAUGACCUCUCCUUGGCCUCCUGACCUGUCCGUUUGGGCUUGCCCCUCUUGCCUCCCCAGUACCUUGAAAAGCUGGAUUGACUGAGGUUAUCAGCACAAGCUUCCUUGGGGAGGUCACCACGAAGACCACAAAGAGGGAAGGGGGCCGGGAAGGAGAGGAUUUGUGGUGCUCCGAAGAGCCGGCCUUGGAGCGGGCCCUCCAAUGCCUCUACUGCUAACUGGCUGGGACUAGACAGCGGAGAGUCCGCGGGAGGUGGCCUGGAUCUGCGACCGAAUGGAAGAAUAAAGAAGUUUAUAACCGUA